GCGCCGGAUAUGCUGAGCCUCAGCAGCAGUCCCUAGUGCUGAUGUGUUACAAGACAUUUCAGCACAGACAGACUCUGUAGUCACAUUAUUGUAACAUAAUUUGAUGCAGUAACGCCGUAGGAAAAAGCAGCAGUUCAGACAGAGUUUGGUGUGAAGAAGCGGCUUCGGAGGAGCGAACAUUAGCAGCAGUUACCGGUCACAGUGUCACGAAUGGCGCCCAAAGGUAAAGUUGGCACAAAGGGAAAGAAGCAGAUCUAUGAGGAGAACGAGGCGACUCUGAAGUUCUACACCAGAGUCGUUCUAGGAGCGAAUGCGAUAUAUGCUGCUGUGAAUCUCCUGGUUUUCUACAGUUCUUCUACAAUUGGGACAUGGCUGAUGCUUGUGUUUGCACUAGCCGUGUAUGUUGGGAGUUACCGCUCCAUGGCUGCAAUGGCCAAGCCAGCGUUUGCUGAGGAUGGAAGUCUCCUGGAUGGAGGAAUAGACUUAAACAUGGAGCAGGGAAUGGCAGAGCACCUGAAGGAUGUUAUUCUGCUCACAGCCAUAGUUCAAGUGCUCAGCACAAUCUCCUCUUAUUUCUGGUACCUUUGGUUGCUGGCUCCGGCCCGUGCCCUGCACCUGCUGUGGGUGAACUUCUUGGGCCCGUGGUUUAUGGCAGAAAGCCCGUCGGCACCAGAGGAAGUGAAUGAGAAGAAGCAGAGAAGACAAGAGCGCAGACAAAUGAGGAGAUUCUGAUGCUGCAGAGCAGUCGGAGCAGUAUUUUUAUACACAGAAUCAAAUAUACAGAUAGCAAAGACCUCAUAAGUUAUUCAGGAGGAAAUUUUGUUAUGUUAAACUCGAUCCAAAUCUGAUACCGUGGAACCAUAUUUUCCAUGUUUUCUUCCUGCCUUCUCUUGUAAGCCAGUUUUCUCCCUAAACUACAAAAUGAAAUGUUCCCUGUUUAGAUAAUGUCACUGGCCAAAUAUCAUUUGUUCUCAUGCAGAGUUAAGAGCUUUUGUGUUGCACAAUUCUGCGCCCCAUGAUUUACUUCCAGUCACACCCAUUAAGCACCAUGUCCAAAAAUGUGUCCAAACUGAAUUUGUUUUUCACUAAAUGUCUCUUUUGGUGUUAUUCUGAUUUUCAAAAAAUCUCUCUGUUAUAUAACAGAAUUCAAUGAUCCGUCACGAUAGAGCUGAGAUUUGUGAGCUGUCAAAAUCAAAUGGUUAUAAGUCAACUUUUUACUGGGAACAUUUUCGCAAUAAAAAAUCACGUUUUUCAUGUGUUUUCAGAAGAAAAAGAUCAGUUUUCUGACUCUGUGCCUACCCCUUUUUUCUUUUAACUGUAUUUCUGCAGUCAUGACUUAAAACACUGAGCAGGUCUUAAAACAUUUCAAAGCAAGGAAGAAAUGCUUUUGGUGCCUUAAUAAAUAUGUAUUAAACACA